AUGGCAGCUAGGCACCGGAAGGGUGCUACAGCUGAACGAUUUGUAUUUUUUUUAUUUAUUUGUUUGCACAGCAGUGUGAUGAGCUCUGUCUUAGACCAGAAAAUGGGAGGUGCAAUUUUGUUAUUCAGUUUGAAAAACACAACCUAUCCGGAGUACACCAUCGUCACUGCUUCUCCAGUGUUGGCUCUCCAUGUCCAUCCCAUGAAGCCAAAUAUUAUAUGUGCUGGAUUUCUGGACGGAUCGGUAGCAGUCUACACUUUGAAGAACGAAAGCGUUAUCGGUUCUCAUUUAGCUGUAAUACCCUUUCGGUGCCCAACUGCCAUGCCAGCAGAAGGAAGCACGAUGGCUUGGAUACUGUCAGGCUGUCCAAGCCUAGACAGGGAAAUUCGAAAGGCGAAACCACGGACCUUUCAGUCAGUUGCUGGAAAUCCAUCGACAGCCCACGACCGGUCUUGCCCAUCUUGGGGCUCAACAGGUAGGCGCAGUCCCCGAGUUUCCGUCAACCUUAUGUUCUACUCGAAACCAAAUUGCUCGAAGUGGCUGUUGAUCUGUUCGCCGAGCUUGGCAAUUGAUUUGCAAACGUUUCGUCACCAUUCUAGUAGACAUCUUCAGUGCGCUGUUGGUUGGCAACCAGUCAGCCUGGCCAGUCUUGAUAACCAAAGAGGAUUCAUCUUAAACGGAGAUAAAGGACCAUCUGAUUCGCCUGCAUGGAGUGUCACUCAAACUCCUUAUCACAGUAUGAAUAUGUUUUCAGAACUAGAGACCAGGCACUACGACUCUUGUUGGCAUGUAGCAUGGCACCCAAAACCGAAUGAAACCACAAUGGAAUUCCGGUCAUUGGGUGCUGAUGGACGAAUCAUAUCCUGGUUUCUCGAAUCCGAAAAGCUUGUCUCGAAAGAAAUUAUGAGGCUGGAGGAUGCAACCCUGAACUCAUCUGCACCUUCGGAUGAAUCAGAACGUAAAGAAUCAUUUUCGGAUAAGGCAGUGUUGCAGAAACAAACAACGGAUAUAACAGUUGGAGGCUGUUGUUUGACCCGUCAAAGUUCACCAAGAAUUAUCCUUCUGAAAAAUCAACACAAAAGGCCUGAAGAGCUCAGAUACUCAAACUCUGGAGCAGCUCAAGAGAAGGUUGCAAUUGGAACCACGACGGGGGCGAUCUUCGUGUUCGCCAAUACAUCUGCUACCCAGGCUGAAUGGGUAUGGUCACAGGCACAUCAGUUGCCUGUGAGUAACCUUCAGUGGAAUCCAAUCGUUGUGGAGGUUUUGAUGUCCUGUUCAGCCGAUUGGACAGUCAAAUUUUGGACUCCGGGCAAUGAAAUGGCACUACUGGUUUUGGACCUGUUUGACCCAGUCAUGGACGUGGCAUGGGCUCCAUAUUCCUCCAGCGUUUUCGCAACACUCACAUUUGAAGGCCGAGUGGAAAUGUACGAUCUAAUGUUCAGCAAAACGCAACCCAUAGCCACGCACCUAAUCGGGUGCGCCAAAUUCCCUGUGAAGGGAACCAGGCUGUCGUUCAAUCCGAUACUCCCUCUGCUGUUUGUUGGUGACAGUAGAGGCGAUGUGAUCACGUUAAAGCUGUCACCAAACCUGAUUCUGCGUCGUGUUCUUUCGACAAAGAAGCAGUUACCGACUGAAGAAAAGACUCAGGUUCUUGAGGAAGAGAGAAAGAAAUUAAGAAAACUGAUCAAUCUGGAUGCUCUUUAUAUUACCUGA